AUGAGCUCGAUAUGUACGAGUUACAGUAGCGGAGAAAGGGGUUUCGUGAAGGGCUUCUCCUGUCCCACAGCGGACAGUAACGCUCGAGCGGUUUUCUGCUGUGGAUUUAAUGAUAUGAAGUACUGCUGUGAUGAUCCCAACAGCUUUUUCCCUUAUGAAUAUGGAUAUAUGUGGUGGCUCAGUUUUGGAGCUCUGGCUGGUCUCUCCAUUGCAGCUGUGGUCCUGUUAGUCUUCGUCAUCACCGUGUGUGUUCUCUGCUACCUCUUCAUCGUCACCAAACCCAGUCGCAGGGACAAUGGCCUCAACCUUAGUGUGCCAGGAUCUGACUCAGCAUCUGAGCCCAGCCUUUCUACUGGACCUCAGGGUCCCAAACAUUUCCUCAACCACAAACUGGAGUGUGAAAACCGUCCCGCUGACCCUGAGUGGCUCUUUCAGCGCUGCUUUGCUGCAGCUGUUACCAGAGUCAAUGUGGACGGACCCACAUAA